CCCUGAACUUCGCUCCGUUCUGAGCCCGUCGAAAAUGUAGAAUGACGCUGCUUAACUAGUGGCGCGUCCAGACGCAAGGACCAGAAGACAUGGAGCUGUCCGCUAGCCUCGUCCUCGCUGCUUGUGUCGUGGUUUUACUAGUUUUUCUAAUCCGUAGAGAUUCGGGGAAGAAAUACAACCUGCCUCCUGGUCCCUCACCGCUCCCUGUCAUUGGAAACUUACACCAGUUGGACAUCAAGUGUCUGUUUCAAUGUUUUGCCAAAUUAAGCGAGCGUUACGGUCCUGUGAUGACAGUGUACCUGGGCUCCCAGCGCAUGGUGGUUCUGAAUGGGUUUGAGGCGGUGUGGGAGGCGCUGCAGGAUCACGCAGACGAGUUCUCUGGGAGAGCGCACAUCCCCAUCAUGGAAAGGCUCACAGAAGGAUACGGUCUGCUUGUGAGUAAUGGGGAGAGAUGGAGACAGCUACGUCGGUUUUCCUUGACGACGCUCCGGAAUUAUGGGAUGGGCAAGCGAAGCAUCGAGGAGUGGAUCCAGGAGGAGGCUCGGAAUCUCGUGGAGGAAUUCAGGAAAAACGUAGGCUCCCCUUGUGACCCCACUUUCUUCCUGAGCCGAGCGGUUUCCAACGUGAUCUGCUCCAUGGUUUUUGGGGAGCGGUUCGAGUACCAGGAUAAGAACUUCAUCCGAUUGCUGGGUCUCAUCAACAGCACCUUCCGCUUAAUAACCAGCCCCUGGACCCAGAUUUACAACACUUUCCCGAGAGUCCUGAGCUGUCUGCCCGGGCCUCACAAUAGAGUAUUGGAGAACGUCAAGGAGCUGAAAGCCUUCAUCGCGGAGAUGAUCGAGAGACACAAACAGGAGUUGAAGCCGGAUUCCCCGAGAGACUACAUCGACAGCUUCCUCGUCAAAAUACAGGAGGAAAAGGAGAGUCCUUCUUCUGAGUUCCACGACAAAAGCAUGCUGAAUUCGGUUUUGAACCUCUUCGCAGCCGGGACAGAGACCACGAGCACAACCCUGCGAUAUGGACUGCUGCUUCUCAUCAAAUACCCCCACUUUCAGGACAGGGUUCAGCAGGAGAUCGACUCUGUGGUCGGUCGGGAUCGCCCCCCCGCCAUGGAGGAUCGCAGAAAGAUGCCGAUCACAGACGCCACGAUCCACGAAAUACAGAGAUUCGCGGACAUCGUGCCACUAAACAUUCCGCACAAGACCACACGGGACACCAGCUUCCGGGGGUACAGCAUUCCUGAGGGCACGGUGGUCUUGCCAGUGCUUCACUCGGUCCUGUAUGACGAGACGCAGUGGAGUUCCCCCAACUCCUUCGAUCCCACAAACUUCCUGGAUGAAAACAGUAGCUUCCGGAAAAACCGUGCUUUCCUGCCCUUCUCCACAGGGAAGCGCUCCUGUGCUGGGGAGGGUCUAGCCCGUAUGGAGCUCUUCCUGUUCUUCACGACGCUCCUGCAGAAUCUCUCCUUCCGCUCCCAGGGGGAUCCUGGGAAGAUGGACGUGACUCCGGAGGUCAGCACUUUCAGCAAAGUGCCACGGCGCUUCGAGCUCAUCGUGCGCAGCCGAUAGAAACGUGCCUUCGAACCCGAGCCAGUCACUUCACCUCCUUGUUCUCCGUCCUUCGGAUGAGACGUAAAACAAACGAGGUCCUAUUGGAAGUGACUCUGCAGCAGCAGUUUGUGAUGCAUAGCUAACCCCCUAGUCUCUGUACGUCGCUUUGGAUAAAAUUUAAUAAUAAUAAUAAUAAUAAUAAUAAUAAUAAUAAUAAUAAUGUGUAUUACCAGUCCACGUGUGUUAUUGUUCUAAUACUGGGAUGGAAAUGAGACUCACUUGCAUGGCAGUUCCUGGUUUUACUGUGUGUUUAAGAAGACGCACCUGAGCUUGUUAUCCACACACACUGGGUCAAGCUCAUAGUAAAACCUGGACUGGGUGACCCUGUUGUGCAACAGGAGUCUGAUUCCCAACCCUGAUGUGCAUAUACUUGCUGUACAACAAUAUUCAGGACCAUGAAUGCUUCGACUGAAAGAGAACAAUAAUCAAAUAAAUCUAAAUAGAUAGAUUUCAAUUAUACUAAUUGCUGGUUGGGAACUAUUGUUUGAGACAAAUAACAUUGCACACACAAACAUUCAAUUUCAUUGUUUUAUUAUGAUGACUAUUAGAAUUUUGUUUUUAUUCAUCAUCAUUAAUAAUUCAACUUUCCAAAGACAUUUAUAAGAUACUUGUGUUUAAUUAUGUAUUGAAAUGCCACACUGUCAUCCUUUAAGCUACAAAACUGAAUUUUUAUUGUAGAUCAAAGCUGUGAAAAUAAUAAAUAAUAAUAAUAAAACAA